AUGCCCGGAAGUAGUGAAUUUUCAAAUUCAAGAAGCCAUUUGAAAAGGAAACAUGUGACUGAUGUAUAUUCCUCAUCGUCGUCGCGAACCGAGACUCGCAGUUCACCGCAGGGGGAUCCUAGAAUCCCAAGAACUGGUACUUCUAGUGUUACUCUCAUGCACAAUGCAUGCGAUGAACAAAGAUCGAACAAAUCCCGAAAGAAAAAUAUUGACCUUGAUUUGCUCGACUUCUGCAUGGGUGGCUUGCAUCCAUUUUCCAUAGUAGAGGAAAGGGGCUUCAAAAAAUUAUGCCGGUGGAUUCCUGGAUAUGAACUACCCACUCAGAGUGAAUUCGAUUCGAUAAUGCAGGAAGAAUAUUCAAACUUGCAUGAGAAGGUUGUGAGUCAGUUGUCAAAGGUCAAGAACAUAUGCUUGACUGCUGGCAUGUGGACCCCAUUGAAAACUGAAAGCUACCUAGCCCUUACAGGGCAUUAUUUCAAUGAAGAGUUAGAUAUGAAAACUGUUCUUUUGGGAUGCUGCCAAUUAUCUGAUACUUCUUCUACGAAUAUCGCCGAAGCAAUUUGGAAAUUGGUCGAUAAAUACGAUCUCAAAAGUAAGGUGAAUUUUAUGAUCACUAAUGAUGCUUUGAAGGCCGUCAGAGAAGAGUUGGGGUGGAAGCAUUUUGGCUGUUGUGCCGACAGCCUCAAUUCAAUUGUUGAGGACGCUCUUGAAAAUGUUAAGCCGCAAAUUGAAGAAGUGAAGCAAGUUGUGAGUUACGUAAAAAACAGCACCUCAUGUUGCAAAAUGUUAGAAGAAUAUCAAAUUCAGCAUGGACAAAGUCCGAAGCCUCUAAUCCAAGCGCUCGAUACAAGUUGGAACUCGACAUUUCUCAUGUUGAAGAGAUUUAUUGAGUUGGAAGACGCCGUCAAGUCCACGUUAGCUUCUGUGGUUCGAGAUGCAUUCAAAAUAAAGGAAGAAGAGUGGACAUUAUACAAAGAAUUAUGCCGAAUUUUAAGUCCGUUUGAUGAGAUAACCACGAGCUUAAUGAGUGACGAAAAUUACGGAACAGGAAGUUGUAUAAUUGCAAUGACUUGUUGCUUAAGCGAAGAAUGUCAAAGGCUGUUGGCGAAAACGGGCCUAUCGAAAAAAUCGCGAAAAACGGCACAGCUUCUCGAGUCGGGAUUGAAAGAGCGAUUUAAAGCCAUCGAGAAAAGUGGUACUCUUUCAAUAAACACCUUCUUGGAUCCUCGUUUUAAGACACACGGAUUUUCAAAUCAGAUUGAAGCAAUGAGAACAAAAGAAAGGAUAAGGAAAAUGAUUGUUGAAAUGAUUGCGAAAGCGGAACUGAUUACUAUUCCCGAUAACGACGAAGAUGACUCAAGUCCCUGGAAGACUAUUGAUAGGGAGAUUUGCCAAGGGACGCCAAUGUCGAUGGCACUCGAGGAGGUGGAUAAGUUCUUAUCCGAUAAGAUGCUGCCAAGGGAAGACGCUUCAGGCAACUCAACGUCUCCUCAAGAAUGGUGGAGGCUACACAAGGAUAGGUACCCGAAUUUGAAAAAAAUUUAUGAGACAAAGUGCAAUAUUGUGGCAACUUCCGUUUUAUGUGAGCAGAUAAUCUCAGAGACUAGGCUCAGAUUGAAAAGUAACAGACUAACAAGUAGUGAACUGGAACAAAUUAUGUUCCUUGUUGUGAAUUCUCCGGAAAAACGGUUUGCAGGAUUUUAG